AUGAUUCGAUCCCUUUCAGCCGAAGCAGCAAUUCCUCGAGGGAAAGUGUCACGAAGAGAUGGUCUUUGCGGAGUCAGUAAGACCUUUUACGAAGGAGACAGGAUAGUGGGAGGCAGGAAAGCCUUACCCGGUGAAUUUCCUUGGCAGGUAUCGCUGCAGAGAAAUACUUGGUUUUUCGGUUCUUCGCACAUAUGCGGUGGUUCCGUCUUGAACGAAAAUUGGGUCUUAACGGCAGCGCAUUGUGUGCACGGGGUACCUUCUAACAAGUUCCUUGUCAAAUUUGGCCUGCAAAUUCUUUCCGACUCGAGCCCAGGCGUCGUCAGUAGAAAGAAUUCCUGCGAUAAACAAUGGCGCGCAGCAAUUGUAGAUAAAGAGAAAUCAAUAUACUUUAACUGCCUAGUCAAAUCUAGGGAUUUAACGGCCGUAUCAUUUUCUAAUUCCGAUUUUGAUGGUCCGACGUCCAUUCAGGUUUCCGAGAUAGUUGUACACUCCGACUACGACGAUAGCAGUUUGCACAACGACAUCGCACUGUUGAGACUUUCCACCCCUCUGGACCUAUCGUCCUCUAAUGAGCACAUCAACUCCAUCUGUCUCCCUUCGGACCUUCACGUCCAAGGAUUUACUACCGCCUCCGGGUGGGGAUCCACGCGCGAAGACGGAUAUUCCACCGACGAACUUCGAGCCGUGGAGGUUCCCAUCAUCGGUUUGAGCCAAUGUCGCUCCAUGUAUGGUCGAGGAGCCAUUGCCGAUUCCAUGCUAUGUGCGGGAUACAGCCAGGGUGGUAAAGAUUCUUGUCAGGGUGAUUCGGGUGGACCGCUCAUCCAACGUAAAGGAGGGAAAGCCGAACUGGUUGGAAUCGUUUCUUGGGGCAUAGGUUGCGCUCGACCUAACAAGCCGGGUGUGUACACCAGACUAUCAUCGUACCUGAAGUGGAUAGAGGAGCACGCCUACUAACUACUGAUCCCUUCGGAACGGUCAUAUUUGACACGACACAACAGAAACAAACGGGCGGCGGGCCCAAUUUCAAAUCCUGAAUGAUUAAACAAGUCAAUUAAUUUACUUUUGGUGUAACAAAAGAAUAAACAGAAGUAAAAUUUAA